AUGGCCCAAAUGGCGUCCGCCAUCACACUAGCCACAUCACCAGAGCCCACUAAAGCUCAUGGCAUUCGCCAUGAGCAUAAUGGCGUCCGCCAUUUGACCCCAGUAACAAACAUGGGAAUGCGACAUAAGACUUCUGGUCAUAAGUUUUUGCUUGUGCUAGAUGAUAUAUGGAAUGACGAUCAUGCAAAGUGGAUUGAGUUAAUAGAUUUUAUAAAAGUUGAUGCAAUAGGAAGUCAAAUCACAGUGACAACACGUAGCAACUCAAUUGCUUCAAUGGUGGGUGGAGUAGUUAAAUGUUCAGAUCUUGUAGAGAUUGGAAAAGAAAUUGUGAAAAAAUGUGCAGGGGUUCCACUUGCUGUCAGAACAUUAGGAAGCUCACUGUUCUUAAAAUAUGAUUCAAAAAAGUGGAUAUCUCUGAGAGAUUGUGAGAUUUGGAACUUUGAACAAAAGAAAGGUGAUAUUUUUCCUGCACUAAAGUUAAGCUAUGAUCAAAUGUCGUCCUAUUUGAGGCAAUGUUUUGCUUACUUUUCCCUUUAUCUCAAAGAUCAUGACAUCUCUAUUGGUGAGAUUACCCGUCUUUGGAUAGCACUUGGAUUAAUACAAUAUCAGAAUGGAAUUGAGCAACUAAUGGAUAUUUCCAGAGAAUAUAUAGAAGAGUUAAAAUCUAGAUCAUUUCUUCAAGAUUUUGAAAACUUUGGCUUUGUUGUAACAUUCAAAGUGCAUGAAUUGAUUCAUGAUCUUGCUGUGUAUGUUAGGAAAGAGGAAUGUGUAUAUUGA